GGAAGUGUAUGUACUUCAGAGUCGCUCUUGUUACCGGUGCGAUUAGUUGUUUCUCCUCCGGGUUGUGUCGCUGCCUCAGAGAAGAACAUCAUGGACAAAGUGUUGUUUCUCACGUUAAGCCUGGUUUUAGUUUUAACUCAGGUAAACUACAGCUCCUCCAGUCUGAGGAGAGUCAGCAAGGCUCAGGUUAGGGGUUUCGACUGGAAGAACUGCGGGCAGCCCGAUGCUCCAGCGGUCCUGAAGACGCUGACGGUGUCUCCGGACCCGAUCUCCAUCCCCGGAGAAUUGACCGCCUCGGCCUCUGGAUCCACAUCUGUGGAGCUCGCUGCCCAGCUUUCCGUGAACGUGACUCUGGAGAAGGAGGUGGCAGGUUUCUGGGUGAAGAUUCCCUGUGUGGAGGAGUUGGGCAGCUGUCACUAUAAAGACGCCUGUGACAUCCUGAACCAGCUGAUCCCCCCCGGAGAGGACUGCCCCGAGCCGCUGCACACCUACGGGCUGCCCUGCCACUGCCCCUUCAAAGCUGGCUUGUACUCUCUCCCUCAGUCGGACUUCACCCUCCCCACCAUGGACCUCCCUUAUUGGCUGAGCAACGGAAACUACCGGGUGCAGGGGGUUCUGGGAGCAGAAGGCAAGGAGCUGGGCUGCCUCAAACUGUCUCUGUCCCUUCACUCCGACUGAACCCAAAACUCACUCAGCUUCAUGUUCGUUUGCACAAAAAUUCAAAAUUGGGAAAGCAGAAGUUGCACAAGGUCGUGAACCUGAUCGACCUUUACAGGGAGCUGAAACACAUUUGAACCUGAGGACAAAGAGGAAACAAAAGAGCACAGGUAUUAACGCUGCAGCAUUCAAUUUAAGAAAGAUUAAAUCAAAUCUGACUUUUUUCUCGGAAUUAUGAUAAAAAGUCGGAAUUCUUAAAAAAAAAAGGCAGAAAUCUGAAAAAAUAAAUAGUUAAGACUUUCGGAAAAAUCUGAAAAAUAUUCUGACUUUUUUUCCGAUUUCUUAAGAAAAUCUUAAUUCUUAAAAAAUGCCAAAACACUGAGAAAUCAAUCAUUCUGACUUUUUCUCAGAAUUCUUUACAAAAAAAAGGCAGAAAUCUGAGAAAACUAUUGUUCUUUUUUAUUCAAAAAAUAUUUUUUAAAACACAGAAUUCUGAAAAAAAUAGCCAAAAUACUGAGGAAAAAAAUAUUUAAACAUUUUUUACAUUUUGUUUUUGUUUCAGAAUUCUGAGAAAAAAAGUCAGAUUUCUGAGAGAAGGAAAUAUUCGGACUUUCUUUUUUUUAUUCUGGAAAAAAGUCUAAUUUCUGAUUCUCUCGUCAGGACAAAGAGGGAAAUAAAACAUAACAGUUAUUCCUGCUGCAGCAUUCAAUUUAAGAUGAGAAGCAUGUUGUUUAAUUAACCCUUUAAAUGCAUUGAUGUCAUUUCCUUAAAUUCAACGUAUUCAGUUUAUUUCUGGUCAUCCGCAGAAAAAAGGUUUUGGUCAGAUCAGAUUUUUUUGUUGUGAAAUUAGGAUUCUGAAAAAAUAGUCAGACUUUUUCAGAUUUAUGAGAAAAAAAUCGCAAUCAUUUAAAAAAAAAAAAAGUCAGAAUGAAAAAAAAAUAUGACUUUUUCUCUGAUUUGGGAACAAAAACAGAAUUUAGAAAAAAUAGUCUGAAAUCUACGAAAAUAUAAUAGUUGGGAAAAUACUGAAUGUUCCUUCUGUAUCAGAGUAGCUCAUGAUAACAGAGGCCCUACGUAGCUGUGUACGUAGCCGGAUGUCUGACUACAUGCACGACGCUCACGAGACACUGUGUUGAAGUUAUGAUAGCUAUGUUCCAAAGAUUGGCCCCUAGAGAGAUAGGCAUAUGAAUGUCAUGUGUAUUGCUUUCGCAGGCCUUAGCUAAUCUGAGCUAAUGUCAGAAUACUGCUUUGAACCGGUAUUCCUCCAUCUUGUUGACUGUAACUCCCUCUCUUGAAUAAGCAUCUUGUUCGGGGUACUAUUUGUCCCACGCAGCCCUGUGUGUGAUGACUACUUCCAUUCUUCCAAUAAUAAUAAAUGCAUGUAUCCUGUUAUUGAAGACCUAGCCGGUGACGAGUGAUAUUUUUCUAACAAUAAUUUUUUCAAAAAAUCUGAAUUCUGAAAAAAAGCAGAAUACUGAGAAAUCAAUAAUUCAAAGUUUUUUCUCUGAAAUCAGAAAAUUCAAAAAUAUCUGAAUUCUGAAAAAAGUCUGAAUUCUUGAAAAAGGCAGAAAUCUGAGAAAAUACAUAGUUUAGACUUUUUUUUUUUUAUUCCGGAAAAAAAGUCAGCAAUAAAAAUAACUAGUUCUGACUUUAUUCUCAAAACUCUGAACAUUCUUACUUGCCGUUUCUUCUCAACUCCGUGCUUCCUGAUACAUUGAUUGUGUAUUCAUUUUUUUAUUGUAUGUUGUUCAUCUAUGUAUGUUUGCUAAGUGCCUGAUUAGAUAUAAAGGAUAAAUCAGUGUUUAUCCAAUGAAUACAAUCUUUUACUGAUAUGAGUUAUUAGUUUGAUUUUAAUGUUUGUUUUCUACAGUUUUGAAAAAAAUGAAAAUGAUGAAUUAUGUUUGUGAAUGAUUCCAGUGUAAACAUUUUCAAAAUAAAAAUAAAUUCUUACGACAUUUA